UUAACCUGUUGGCUACCCAAGCUAAAAACAGUCUCGUACGACUAGUAAGAAAAACAAUGUUCUCAAAACCUCCAUGAUCGUAUGUGUGUCUGCAUGCGCACUCGCCAGCCUGACAGGUAGAAUAGCCUACACACCGCGCCGAGAUCCCCGCUUCCCCGUCAGGAUAUUAGCUAGAAUAUGCCUCAUGCGCAAGAUGCACGCAUAGUGAAACGCUGUUUUGGUGCAGUUGUGAUAUAUGAUAUAAUUGUUUGCCACGUGUAGUAGAUAAUAGGCCAAAACCAAAACGUAUAAAUGUUUUGUGGCUGACAUAGGUAACGAAUACAGUAGCGUACGGGUUGGACAAAAAGCACCUAAGCCUUAACCAGAAUAUUUUGAUAACCUUAAAAAAAGAUAAACCGCAUAUCCCUGUAACAGGCUUGAACACCUUUUUUUUAGAGCGUUAAUAAACUGAAUACGUUUCCUUUCCUUUUAGAGAGUAGUGUAAAUAAAAGUAAAUGUGGUUUAAAGAAGACGAAUUGACACAAACAGACGAGGUAUCGGGCUCUUUUCUCACGGGCUUUGCCCUGAUACCGCGGUUUUCGUGCUUUUGUUUCUAAGCAGGUUUAGUCUUAUAUGCAAAACAGCUUCAGUGCUGCGACUCUAAAGAGCCCAAUGGAGAGGGAACUUCGCCAGUCAGUCAUUCUCUGUGUUGCUAUUAAGAGUGGAUCCGCGUACCGAACUAGCAGACCUUUCUCCUAUUUUAAAGGGAGCGGGAGGGGGCUCCAUAGGUUGGUCUUCGCCUUGCUGUAAUCAAACCAAUCAGAAACCCCUCUGAGACCCGGGAUUCAGCAGCCUGCUAGAGCGACGCGCACGGAAAAAAAGAAGAAAAGCGGUUGCAAUUUAGGGGGUGUAUCCCUCGCUUUAGACACUGUUAUGGCAAUGCCAGUCACCAGAUGUUUGUGUUACUAGCUCGUGUCUUGUCAGACUUGAGGCUAAGCAGAACGCCCGGGUAACUACGCGAGGGGUGAUUUCCUUAUCUCGAUAGUCAUAUCCCAAGAAAGACGUCACUUAUUCUCAAUAUCUUUCUCUCUCCUUAACAGCGAAGGAUUACGCGUGCUUGGUCAUCAUUUCCAAGGAGUUGGAGCAAGAAUUGUUGGCGUGUUAUUAAGCAUUCUUCUUUUACCGGGCUAGACUUCUCUUCAAGGAAAUGGCAAGACCAGUGUUUGAGAAAGGAACACGGCUGGAAAAGGACAGGGGAAACCAGAACUAAAGGACAGGAUGCAGACAACCUAAAACACAGAACAAGACGAGUUUCUUCAACGCAAAGACAUUUGAGUUCUGAUUCCUUUCGUUAAACCACAGUUCAUCGAGAGGAUUAAAUCAUAUAACCCAAAGAGGAAUUUUGUUUAUUUUCCUGUUUUGUUAUUAUUAAAACAAUACAACCCUGGGAACAAGGAUGCAUUGUGGAUUAGCGUUGAUCCUAUUAACGGGAAUCUGUGUCGUCGCCAGGGCUUUCAAAAAUGACAAAUGCGGGGAUAACAUCAGAAUCACAACUGCAGAUUACCUCACUUCGCCUGGAUAUCCAAUGUCUUACUAUCCGUCGCAGAAGUGCGUGUGGGUGAUCACGGCUCCAGGACCUAACCAGCGAAUUCUAAUCAACUUCAAUCCACAUUUCGAUCUUGAGGACAGGGAAUGCAAGUAUGACUACGUGGAGGUGCGUGACGGCGUGGACGAGAGCGGGCAGCUGGUGGGGAAGUACUGCGGUAAGAUCGCCCCCUCGCCGGUGGUCUCCAGCGGCAACCAGCUCUUCAUCAAGUUCGUGUCGGACUAUGAGACGCAUGGAGCCGGCUUCUCCAUUCGCUACGAGAUCUUCAAAACAGGUCCAGAAUGUUCCAGAAACUUCACCUCUAACAGUGGAGUUAUCAAGUCCCCAGGCUACCCAGAGAAGUAUCCCAACCAGCUGGACUGCACCUUCAUGAUCUUUGCUCCCAAGAUGUCUGAGAUCGUGCUGGAGUUUGAGAGCUUUGAGCUGGAGCCCGACCCCAACCCUCCUGCCGGCGUCCACUGCCGCUACGACCGCCUGGAGAUCUGGGACGGCUUCCCCGGGGUGGGUCCAUAUAUCGGCCGGUUCUGUGGGCAGACCACCCCAGGGCGCAUCAUCUCCUACACGGGCAUCCUUGCCCUGACAAUCAACACCGACAGCGCCAUCGCCAAGGAGGGCUUCUCUGCCAACUUCACCGUCCUGGAGCGCACUCUGCCAGAGGACUUUGACUGCUUUGAGCCCCUGGGGAUAGAGUCAGGUGAAAUCCCGUCCGAACACAUUGUUGCCACUUCCCAGUACAGUGCCAGCUGGUCAACAGAACGUUCCAGACUCAACAACGGCGAGAACGCCUGGACACCAGCCGAGGAUUCCACUAAGGAGUGGAUUCAGGUUGACCUUGGUUUCCUUCGCUUCAUCUCAGCCAUCGGGACACAAGGCGCCAUCUCCCGGGAAACCAUGAAGACCUAUUUUGUGCGUUCCUAUAAAGUGGAAGUGAGCUCCAACGGCGAAGACUGGAUCACGUUAAAGGAGGGGUCCAAGCAGAAAAUUUUCCAAGGGAACACCAACCCCGCCGACGUGGUGAAGACCCCCCUGCCAAAGCGCACCCUCGCCCGCUACGUGCGCCUGCGUCCGGUCGCCUGGGAGAACGGCAUCGCCCUGCGCUUUGAGGUCUACGGCUGCAAGAUCUCAGAGUACCCCUGCAUGGGCAUGCUGGGCAUGGUGUCGGGCCUCAUCACGGACGCCCAGAUCACCGCCUCCUCUCACACGGACCGCAGCUGGGUGCCGGAGAACGCCCGCCUGCUGACCAGCCGCUCGGGGUGGAUGCUGCCGCCGCAGCCGCAGCCCUUCACCAGCGAGUGGCUGCAGGUGGACCUGGGCGAGGAGAAGCUGCUGCGGGGCCUCAUCAUCCAGGGCGGCAAGCACCGCGAGAACAAGGUCUUCAUGAAGAAGUUCCGCCUGGGCUACAGCGCCAACGGCUCCGAGUGGAAGAUGGUGAUGGACGCCACUGGUAGCAAGCCCAAGAUCUACGAGGGGAACAUGAACUAUGACACUCCUGUGCAGCGGAGUGUGGAGCCCCUGCUGACGCGCUACGUGAGAGUGUACCCCGACAGGGCCACUCCUGCAGGGCUGGGACUGCGACUCGAGCUCCUGGGCUGUGAGAUUGAAGCUCCCACUCUUCCUCCCACGACGCCGGCCCCCAGCACUACUGCAUCGGCGGAUGAGUGUGAUGAUGAGCAGGCCAACUGCCACAGUGGAACAGGUGAUGACUACGAGCUGACAGGAGGGACCGUCAUGCCAGAAACCACAACAGUGUUGGAGAUCGUUCCAGAGGAGCAAGGUUUUACAUGGUUUGCCUGUGACUUUGGCUUCCAUGAGCCGUCCUUCUGUCGUUGGAGUUUAGAAGACAACGGAUUCCGGUGGCAGAUCCAAACCAGCGGAACACCCACCCUCAACACAGGACCUAAUAUGGACCACAAAGGUGGCUCAGGGAACUUCAUCCUCCUGUCGCCGGGGGUCCAUGAGACUGAGAUGGCCCGCAUCGUGAGCCCCGAGGUGGGGGCGCAGGAGUCCGACCUGUGCCUGUCCUUCUGGUACCACAUGGUGGGCUCACACAUCGGCACGCUGCACAUCAAGCAACGCAAGGAGGGGGCCAAGGGCCCGGCCGACAUCCUGCUCUGGACCGUCAGUGGUCACCAGGGCAACCGCUGGAGGGAGGGUCGUGUGUUGGUGCCCCACUCCAGUAAAGCGUACCAGGUGGUUAUUGAAGCUGCAGUUGAAAGGAAAAGCUUUGGUAACAUUGCUGUGGAUGACAUCAAGAUUCUGGACAAUCUCAACAUGGCUGACUGCAAAGAUCCUGCCAUCUCGACGGAACCCAUGCUGCCUGAGGACGACCUGAAUACAAUCUUCGAGGGGACCACGGACUUCCCCCGCAUGGUGGAGACCAGUGAGAUCGGAGGAGGCAACAUGCUGAAGACUCUGGAUCCAAUCCUCAUCACCAUCAUCGCCAUGAGCGCCCUCGGGGUCUUCCUGGGAGCCAUCUGUGGCGUGGUCCUCUACUGCGCCUGUUCUCACGGGGGCAUAGCAGACAGGAACUUAUCCGCUCUGGAGAACUAUAACUUUGAGCUGGUGGACGGGGUAAAGCUCAAGAAGGACAAGCUCAACACACAGAACUCGUACUCAGAGGCAUGAGCCUUCGACCAUCCCCUGAAAAAAAGGGCCGAGCUAAAAAUGGACUGCCGAGGCUCUCUCUCACUGGACGAGGACAAGGCUCUGGAAGUUUGUGGGGGAACCAAUUAGAGGAUGUGACUUGAGCCAUGCUUUUUCUCAGGAGCUGCUGCAGUGAAAGGAACCUACCAGUAGGGGGACACUGUGUACAAAAUAUGAGGAAAAAAAAAACUACAUCAACAAAAAAAUAUGUACAGAUGAUUGAGAUUAUUAUUUUAAUUUUAUUUUAUUAAUUUUUAUGAUUAAUAUUAUUUUGUUUGUUGUUUUUCUUUCUUUUUUUUUUUUACAAUCAGAUGCUGGUGUUGAGACCAAUAUCAUGUUUUAAGUAUUUAUCUUUUACUCUGAGAAUAAAAACUUUUAUUUUUAUUUUCAGAAUGUUUUGUGUUGAAAACCCAAAAUGAACCAUGAUUGAUGUGAGAAAAAGGGUUCCACCAUCAACACUCUUGCUGAUCCUGAUUUCUCUUGUAGGGAGAAAAGCGUCUAUGGUUCCAACAGUGCCUUUGAGUGCAUCUCGUUUAGCAUUCUCUGUGAAUUUCACUUCUGAAGUUUGACAUCCCUUUCCUUUCAAUGGUAGGAGCGUGGUCCGGUCUGCAAAAAUAAGAGUACAUUUUAUGGAGCGUGUAUGUCAAGACCAACAAUAUUGUACAUAAGUUUUAAUAUAUUUUAAAGCCCCCACCCACCCAUCACUUUUUAAAGAAAAAAACAAAAUACAAAACAAAGUAAAUGGAUUUUAAAAGCUGCAGUAUUCCUUUUUCUUGGGUUGUGUGUUGUAAAUAGAAUUGUCUGGCUGUUUUGUGAAGGUGAACAGUGUGCUAUAGUCUUGUUUUUUUUUUUUUUUGUUGUUUUACCAGCCCUGUGUGUAUGUGGGUAUGUGUGUGUGUGAGAGAGAGAGAGAGUGUGUGUGUCUGCGUCUAUCCAGCUAGUCAAUUCCGACACGUGAAACACACAUGUAAACCACCAUAUCAUCCAACUCCUCUACCCCAGUGUAGAUUCAUCAGUGAGUAGACCUAGAGAAGAAACAUGUGACAGGACUCAAAAAGACGUUCCUCACACAUAUACGCCUAAUGGCAGUAGCAGAAAGCGACACGAUAUUAUGUAGCUAAAUUAGUUCCAUCUGUGAUGUUUGUCUUUGAAGCAAAGUAACCCAAAGUCUCUGUCCCCUCACUUUGCGUUGUACGUCAUCUCUCUAUUAUUCCCUCUCCUUUGAUCUCUAUGAAUCUCUAUUUGCACAUCGGACAUUCUUCUACAUUCUCACAGUCUGUCUGUCCUCGUCACACUCUCUGUCUGAUGCUCUUUAUUUUGAUCACCAUCUCCCCUAGUGUUUUAUUCAGGAGAGUUCAUCCCAGUAGUCAUUGCCUCUCUCAAGAGACAAAGCAUCAUGCAUGGAAUAUCUAUCAAGAAACCAAAUAGACUUUUUUGGAAAACUACAGGACAAAAAAAAAGAAUCCAUUGCCUUGCAAACUGAGUGGGACAGUGACACAGUAGCCACAUUUAGUCACGUUCUAAUAUAUGUGUUGUCUUGGAAAAAGUGCUACUUUCACCAUCAUUGAAGCUUGAAUCCUCCAUGGCCCUGUGACUUGGGGGAAGGUUGUUUGGUAGGAAUGGUGCUAUCAUCGGUUCACGGGACGCCUGGGGCUUUAGCGCUCAUUAUGUCACAUCGCUGGCCUCCUCACAGACCCCUGCCAUCUCAUUGGCCAUUUCAUAGGCUGGGGGGGGGGGGGGGGGGGCACGGGCGUGGCCACUGGAUACUGGAGCUGAGUGAUGUCAUUUGGGAAGCUGGCCAUUGGCUGUGGAGUCUUGACCAAAGGACUGUGGCCUUACCUGGCAGAGCUCCUUCACUGCACCUUGUUGAGACUGUAUCGCAACUCACUCACUCCGUUCUACACAUGUACGCUGUUGGGAAUCUAUGUGAGGGUGAAGGGAUGACUGUUGAGAUGACGCAACAGGGAACAGAAGGCAUCAUCAGAGGAGAUCAUAGGAUUUCUUUUGUGUUGCUACUAAUAUUGUGCUAAAACAUAAAAAAAAUCUGGGUAUGAAGAAGAGUAAUCUUUGGAAACCACCAAGCUGUCAAUACUGACCGACAAGUCAGUAGAGGGUUUGGUUUUUCUCUCGUAUUUCUAGAGGUAUAUGAUCUGAAGAGUUGAAGAUGGGGUUUCUCUGUUGCAGCUUCUUUGGUAUAUUUGAGCUGUGUGUGUACUGUGGCAAUCCCAUGCUCUGGCCGUUGGCAAUGUUAUGUUCUAGACUGACGGGCCAUUUUGCAACAUCAACACUGAAGAACAAGCUUCGAGUGGAUAACUUCAGUCUGGUAACUAGAGAGGGUGGAUCAUUUAGCGUGAAUUCAAAGCAGAAACAAUGUUGCACUGAUAAAUAUAUUUAAAAAGCUGUUUGUGUUUAUAGUAUUCAUGUUGUUUUAAAAAAAAGAACAGAAAAAAUAAACAAAAAGAUUCUCAGUGUUCAUUCUUUUUUUCCUGUUUUAUAUAGUUUCAGACAAUGUAAUGAAAUACUGAAAUGUAUAUUGACAUUUCAUUUCAUUUUUUGAAAAGGUAUACAGAUCCCCUAGAGUUAAAGUCCUACCCCUCUAUGUACACAGCCUAUUAUUUCUUGAGUUUUAGUAAUGUUAUUCAAAUUUUGUGCAAUUUUUUUAACAAGAUGAAGAGGAAAAAAAAUGACUUUUAUUUUCAAUACUGCUUCUGUAAUUUGCUGUGGUAGGAGAUAACAAAACAACGAAUAAAACAGCAAAGCCUUAAAAUGGAAAUUAAUGUUUUGUAUUCAAACACACACAAACAUUCUGAGAAAAGGAAAUCAAAGUUCUGUCUUUUAUGUCCUGACGUGAAAUCAUGACAAUGACAUUCCAAAGAACCCACUCAAAUAAAUGUUUUCUUAAGAUAUGA